AAAUAAUUUACCAUAAUUUAUCGUUCUUAUAUUAUUAAAUAUUAUAACAAAAAUGUCGGAAUCUGCUCUUGUGACCGUAAAAGAAAUGAUAGAAAUGGCAUUUGGUGAAACUGAAACAAAUAUGGUAAAUUUUAAACUUAUCCAAACAAUAUUAUUUUUAAUUGCUAGACAAUUAAGGCUUUUGGAAAGACGUGUUGAAGUGCAAAUUGGACCUACGUAUAUGCAUCCAUCUUCUUCUUCAUUAUCUGUAACAGAAGUUAAACUUAAAGCUGCUGUCCCAAAAAUAAAAAAAAGAAUUUCUAAAUCACAAAAACAAACAGCAGAUCCAAAACAACAACAAAUAACGGAUCCCAAAGUAGAACAAACAUAUAAAAAACCACAGCAAAAGCCAACAAUAGCAAAAGGUAUGUUCAAGCCGGGUCACAUGCAAGCUGGUGGAGGUAAAUCCACCGACGACAGAGAAUCCUCAGAUUCCGAUGGUACAAUUAGUGAAAUAUCUACAGAGAUGUCAACAACAGACAAAACAAUAUUAUCUAAAGUAAGACCAGCAACGACUGCAUCUACUGAAAUGACAUCAAAAGAAAAGACAUCCGCAAUUAAAACUGCUGAUAAAUCACCUUCUAUUAGGACUUCAAUAGAUAAAACUGCUGAUAAAUCACCUUCUAUUAGGACUUCAAUAGAUAAAACUGCUGAAAAAUCACCUCCUAUCAGGACUUCAAUAGAUAAAUCUGCUGAUAAAUCAGCUACUGAAAUAACAACAAUAGACAAACCAACUACCGAUAAAACUAUCACAGAAACAUCAUUGUCUCUUAAGACACAAACAACAGAGACAUCUUCGACGAAGAAAAUUCAGCCAACAUCUAUUCGAUCCUCUAGUAACGCCGAGAACAAACGAAAAAUGUUGGCACAGGAGUUUACCCGUACUCUGGAGCGAAUCGAAGAGCAAAGGGAGCGAGAACUACGAACAAUCCACCAGAGAGCCAAUUCACAAGAACAAGCCGAUAAGAGCCCAACACCAAUGGCUUCUAUAGAUACAAUGGAAGUCCAGUAUGAAAAGCUUUUAAUAGUUGAAAGAGUUCCAUCCGACGAGGCAAAAGAACGAGAAAACAGCAGAGCUGCUCGAUAUUCCGUGGUAACACAAGAGCAAUUUGACGAAUUAUCGAAGGCCGUAAGAGAUAUUCAAGAAAAGUUCAUGCCAAUCGGAAAAGCCGAAUUGCCUGAAAAUAUGCAACUCAUGAAGGAGCUCCGUCGAGGAGCUUCAUUAACUGAUGCAAUGGCAGCACUACAACUGUCUGCCCGAUUGGAAGCCGCUGAGACUUCUCUACAACGUAUUAUGGGACUUAUUACAACAUUGGCGGCCAGUCAGGAAAAGAAUAGGGAAUUGGAGACGGGAGGAAUAGAAAAAGAAAAAUCAAAACGACGAGGAGUAAAGAAAGCAACUUCCCGUUCCCUCCCUAUAAAAUCGUCUGCAUCACUUAAAACGUAUGAUUUAACCGGAGAAGAAAAUGAAGGUGAACAUAUAAAAGAAACUGAUGAACAUGUCACAGAUGAAGAUGUUCCACAAGUAGUUCCACCCAAUCUGAUAACCUAUGAAGAUUUAGACCAAGCUAUGCAAGAAUUACAGGACAGCAUAUUAUUGACUGUGAAUUGCAAAGCUGCGAAGACAGCGGAAAAUGCCGAAUCAGCUUUAAAAACAGCUAAGAAUCUCGAGAAUAAACUAGAAGGUGCGAUUCGUCUAGAAGAUCGAAUGAAUCAAGUAGAAGAACUAGUAGCACAAUAUGUUGAGGAAAUAAAUAAAAUGGAUAUGACAUUGGCAUCACAAAUGACAAACUAUCAAGAAGAGCUUACGCAAAUGGAGCAUGAUUUGGAGAUGGGGCUGGAAGCUUUAGCCGAAGCACUGGCAAAUACUGGAGGAGAUUCAACUGCGGCUGCGGAGUUAAAUGCAAACUUUAUUGAACUGCAAGCCGAGUUUGAUUAUUCUAAUAAAAGGCAGAAUGAACUGAAAGAAACUCAAACUUAUUUGGCGUUGGACUUGCAGGCACUUUGGAAGCAAAUUGAGAUACUUCGCGAAUCGAAGUCAGAUCGAGAUGAGGUUGCAGAUGCACUCCGUGAUAAGGCUGGUCUUGGAGCUCUCAAUGGACUUGUUUCUCUACAACAAUUUAAUGCAGUUCGCGGUGACUUCGAGAAACGUAUUGGGGCUGCUUAUGAUAAGUUUAACAGUCAAGAAAUGAUUUGGCAAAAAGCUAUUGACGAUCUACUCCGCGAACUAGAUGAGAAGGGGGAUUUGGCCCAAGUAAUAGCUUUACGUGACGAAAUUUAUUGUCACAUUCAAAAACUGAACGCGAAAUGCACAGCCAUGCAAGAGAUUCUUGGUGAACCUAAUGCCGCUGCAAUCAGCAGAGCAAUAAUAAGAGAUGCCAAUUGUUUGUCUUGUUCGUCCCCAGCUAAUUUGAGCUCGAAUGCAGAAUCAGGAAUUCCAGCUUUGCCAGAAUUUCCCAAGUCUAAGCGACCUCCAACUAUUGGAGCGGAGGUUAAAUCCGGUCCAAAGGAGGACGGUGACCAUAUUUGCUACCCAGGCCAACCAAUCACUCAUACAAUUGAUCCCAGAGCGCACUUUUGCCAUCGUUAUUGUGGGGGGGCACACACCAUGGGUCAAGGUAAGAUUAGCCGUGCACCCAUUGGUACGAACAUAACAGCUCUGCAAUCAAACAAAUCUACAGCUAUUGGAACAGAUGGCAGAGUUUAUGUCGUGGAUGAAGACACAGGAGAGAGAAAACCCUGCCUACCAUGCAACCAGCGUCCGAGUAAUGCAACAAAUGUUUGUAGUUGCGCACCACAAGAAGCUGACGAGGCUCCAAACGGUCCAUCCAUGGAUGGCAAUGCAGCUUGGGAUAUGACAGAGUUUCAAGCAUAUUACGUAAUGAAAGUCCAAUCAGAUUCAACACCACCAAUGCCAAUCGAUUCUGAUGAAUAAGCAUGGUGUAUUUUAUAUUAAUAAAAUAAAUAAAGUUUU